AUGGCUCUGGCGCUCGCUGAAACACAAAAUGAGACAUUUUCGCGGGCGGACUCGCCGACGAGCGGACCAUCCGAUCAACUAACCACCCACGACCUUGAUCGGUACGUUCUAAGCAUAAAUUAUCGAAAUUUUCGGCGAGAGAAUGCAUUUUUUGCAGUCACAUUGAAAAACUAAUGAGAUGCGAGCUGAUCGCCGAGCAAGACGUCAAAACGCUGUGCGCAAAGGCUCGCGAGAUUCUGGCCGAGGAAGGAAACGUGCAAGUCAUCGAUUCACCAGUCACGGUACCAAAGUUCACGAAAUUUUUACUGAAAACAAAUUUUCGCAGAUUUGCGGCGACAUUCACGGACAAUUCUACGACCUAAUGGAGCUGUUCAAAGUUGGCGGUCCGGUGCCCAACACCAACUACUUGUUCCUCGGCGAUUUCGUCGAUCGCGGAUUUUAUUCGGUUGAGGUGCGAUUUUUAAACAAAUACGACAAUUUUUUGAUUUUUCAAAAAUUUCUGAUGCUCGAAAAUUUGUAGAAACUGCCUGAGAAGUUGCAAAAAAUUAUUCAAUUGGAAUUUUUCACCCACAAACCAUUACAGACAUUCCUCCUCCUUCUCGCACUGAAAGCCCGCUACCCGGACCGAAUGAUGCUGAUCCGCGGGAACCACGAGUCCCGGCAGAUCACGCAAGUCUACGGAUUCUACGACGAAUGCAUGCGGAAGUACGGAAACGCGUCCGUCUGGAAGCACUGCACCGAGGUGUUCGACUAUCUGGCUCUCGCGGCCGUAAUCGACGGAAAGGUGUUUUGUGUGCACGGGGGACUCUCGCCCUCCAUCAGCACUAUGGAUCAGAUACGCGUCAUCGACAGAAAACAGGAAGUACGCUGCUUUUCUUAAACGUAAAACUUGUAAAUUUUAAGAAUGUUAGUGUAAUAAUCAGGGCUGGACAAAUUUCGUCCCAGGCUUUUCGAACGCUUUUUGAGUACAAUAUUCUCUUACAAUAUUUUUUAAUGUUUCAGGUGCCGCACGACGGACCGAUGUGCGACCUUCUGUGGUCAGAUCCCGAGGAGGACAACGUGGGCUGGGGACUGAGUCCGCGCGGCGCCGGAUACCUGUUCGGAGCGGAAGCCUCGAAGACGUUCUGCGAAACGAACGGCGUUGAUCUCAUUUGCAGGGCCCAUCAGCUCGUCAUGGAGGGCUACAAGUGGCACUUCAACGAGAAAGUGCUCACUGUCUGGUCGGCGCCCAACUAUUGCUAUCGGUAGGGAACACAUUUUCUAGACGAACUUUUUUAAAUUCGCAAAAAAAAACAAUUUCUUCUACAAUUUCCGCUUUUCAGGUGCGGAAAUGUGGCGGCGAUUCUGGAGUUGGACGAGAAUCUCAACAAGGAAUUCACAAUUUUCGAGGCGGCGCCACAGGAGAAUCGUGGAGCGCCCGCCAAAAAACCGCAUGCCGAUUAUUUCCUCUAA